AGCGUAAUUAAAUUUAAAUUAUUGGCAGAUAGGCUCACAAGUGUUGAACAUUUCUUAAAAAAAAAAAACUUCCCAAAGUUUAUCAGCAUUUCAUGUAUCUGCUAUAGCGAUAAUAUAUUAGUAAAUAGUAAACAUUUCUGUAGACAGUGUAUGUUUGCAGUGGUGACAUUGCUGCUUGGACUGUAUAAUCAACGAUAAUAAACCACAUGCAGUAUUAAAGUAAUAAUUUUUGUGUUUUGUGAAUAGUUAUUGUCUCUGGUGAUAAAUAGAGCCCUUUAACGCUCUAUAUAGAUAUAAUGGAAGCGGCUUUUUCUAUAAAGCAAGAAAAUCCAAAGAAGAAAGCCAAUAUUAUAUCAAGGCUUUUUUUUGGUUGGAUAGCAAAACUAUUUUACACUGGGGCAAAAAGAUCCUUAAAAUUAAACGACAUAUAUAAAACGUUAGAAUGUGACGAGUCGAAACUGCUGGGGGACAAAUUGGAGAAAAAAUGGCUCGAAGAAGUGUCUAGAGGCAAAGAAAAACAUCAAAGUGCCAGUUUACUGAGAGUCAUCUCCAAAGUGUUUUUAAAAGAAUAUUGUUAUUAUGGGCUCAUGCUGUUUAUUUUGACAGUUGUUUUAAGGUCUCCUCAGCCUUUAGUUCUCUCAUGGCUGAUAAAUCAGUUUCAACCACACGAAUCUCACGAGAAAAUCGAAAUGUACGCCUCGGCUUCCUCUUUGGUUAUUAUAUCGACGCUGAUUAUAUUCUUUUUGCAUCACAACAGCUACGGCCAGAGUUGCGUCGGCAUGAGAGUAAGGAUAGCGGUUUCCAGUUUAAUUUAUAGAAAAAUUUUAAAAUUAAAUAAAAGGUCACAAGGUGAAACUGCGGCAGGCCAAGUGGUGAACUUGUUAUCAAAUGACGUGCAAAGGUUUGAUCUGGUGUGUGUUUAUUUGCACUACUUAUGGAUAAUGCCGUUUCAAGUCGCUUUGGUCACCUAUUUCCUAUGGAAUGCCGUUGGAAUUUCUUGUCUGGCUGGUAUUUUAUCUAUGGUAUUGUGCACGCUGCCUUUACAAGGCUAUUUGGGAAAAGUUGCAUCAUCCCUUAGACUAAAAGUAGCACAAAGAACAGACGCAAGGGUGAAGCUGAUGAGUGAAAUCAUAUCGGGAGCUCAAGUAAUCAAAAUGUACGCGUGGGAGAAACCUUUUGAGAAACUCAUAAAGUAUUUGAGGCUCAAGGAGAUCAACGUGCUCACCAAGACCUCGUACUUAAGAGGGUUUUACUUGAGCUGUAUGGUUUUCAUUGAGAGAAGCACCUUGUGUCUGACAUUAGUCUGUUUUACUUUACUAGGAAAUAAUAUUAAGGCAGAUAUUGUCUUUUCGAUGGCUCAGUUUUUCAAUAUAUUGCAAUCUGCCAUGGCGAUCAUGUAUCCGAUGGCGAUCAGCAUCGGGGCGGAGACCUUGGUUUCGAUAAGAAGACUGGAGGAGUUUUUAAACUUGGAAGAGAAAGAAAAGACGUUGAUAGAACAACUGUAUGAACCGGAAAUUAUUUUGAAGCAAGUCACCGCGUCUUGGGUGCAAGACACGAAGGUUCUCAAAAAAGUCAACUUGCAUAUACCGAAGGGAUGUUUGUGCGCUAUUAUUGGCCCAGUGGGCAGUGGGAAAAGCUCUAUUUUACAGCUUUUGUUAGGUGAAUUAUCCCCCACAUUUGGGAGCGUAAUGCUAGGAGGUUCGGUUUCGUAUUCAUCACAGGAACCUUGGCUCUUCGUCGCAUCUGUCAGAAGAAAUAUACUAUUCGGUAAACCGUACGACCAUCGGCUUUACAAAGAAGUUACCAAAGUUUGUGCAUUAGAGAGGGACUUUGAGCAACUUCCUUACGGGGACAAAACUAUGGUGGGAGAACGAGGAGUAUCCUUAUCGGGAGGACAAAGAGCAAGGAUCAACUUGGCCCGAGCGAUUUACCAACAAGCAGAUGUUUAUCUACUCGAUGAUCCUUUGUCCGCUGUUGAUACCCACGUGGGGAAACAUUUAUUUGAUCAAUGUGUCGUAGAUUAUUUAAGGAACAAAACUAGAGUGUUAGUCACGCAUCAACUGCAGUAUUUGAAAAAGGCUGAUCUAAUAGUGGUCCUAAACGAGGGAGUUGUUGAGGCCACUGGCACAUUUAAGGAGCUAUCGCACUCCAAGCUUGAUUUCACCAAACUUUUGGCAUCCGCAGAUGAAACAGUGGAUGAAAAGGAAACAUGCAAUAAACUUUCUCCUGAAAAGCAACCGAGAAAACUAUCUUUGCAGGCUUGUUCUGCAACUGAUUCGGUGGAAAUUGAACAAAGUACAAAUAAGGAAAAAGAAGAAAUGGGCGGCAAAGAAGGUGAAACGCCAUUUUUGGAUUACAUCAAGUCAGUUGGCAGUGCCUGUUUUAUUGCGAUAGUCGUUCUGGUACUUAUAUUUUCUCAAGCAUCCUGUACUUGCACAGAUUUAUGGGUAACCUAUUGGACUAGCCAAGAAGAGCUUCGUCAUUUUAAUGAUAAUCAAACCAUUAUUUAUGAUAAUAAUCCCUCUGAUAUUUUAAUGUUAAAUCCAAGUUCAAAUGAUACAUAUUCUUUGCUUAAUAAUUCAAAUGUAAGCAACUCCUUAACGUAUUCUCAUGAAAAGGGUACAUCCAAUGUUCUAAAUACCAUUCUGGGAAACAUGCCCAACGUGUUCGAUAAACUAGAAACAGGAACAACCUAUUAUACUUUAAUAAAAACGAACAUUGCCAUGUACAUUUAUGGCGCUUUAAUUUUACUCGCAAUCAUCCUGACCACAGCCAGAUCAUUAUUAUUCUUCAAAGCAGCAAUGGAAGCAUCAAAGAAUAUCCAUUCGAAAAUGUUCCAUAGGAUAUUAGAAGCGCCUAUGAGGUUCUUUGACACGAAUUCAAGCGGAAGGGUGCUAAACAGAUUCAGUAAGGAUAUUGGAGCUAUCGAUGAAAUAUUGCCUAGGGUCUUAAUGGAAGCCACUCAGAUAUUGUUAGUACUGGUAGGAAUAUUGGUUAACGUAACUGUAUCCAAUUAUUACAUGGUUAUAGCAAUGGUCGUGCUUGGAUGUAUAUUUAUGAAGCUGAGACAGUGGUACACUUCAAGUGCGAAAGAUAUUAAGCAUCUAGAAGGAAUUGCUAAAAGCCCGGUAUUCUCACAUAUAACUUCUUCUCUUAAUGGACUCACCACUAUUAGAGCCUCAAAAGCUGAGGACGCCUUAAUACAAGAGUUUGAUGAGCACCAGGACGUCCAUACCUCCGCCUGGUUUCUUACCAUAAUGUGCACCGUAUUCUUUGGACUAUGGUUGGACAUAAUCUGUGUGAUAUUUAUCACGUGUGUAGCAUUUGGAUUCGUGAUUUCAGCGGAACGUAAGUACCCAUUUCUAAUACAAUUCGAAAUAAAUCAAAAAUUGUUUUCAGUUGGUCAGCCUCAAAACAGCAGCUUAGUAGGUCUGGCCCUAUCGCAAUCGUUGAUUUUAACCGGAAUGCUUCAAUAUGGCAUGCGACAAACCGCAGAGGUGGUAAACCAACUUACCAGUGUUGAAAGAGUUUUACAGUAUACCAAGUUGGAGAAAGAAGGGCCAUUCCACACGCCAAAAGGUAAACUACCGGUAUUACCGUGGCCCAGUUUAGGAAAAAUAGAAUUUAGGAAUCUUAAGCUGUUUUACGCCUUAGAAGAAGCACCGGUGCUGAAAAAUUUAAACAUGCUCAUCCGGUCAGGUGAAAAGGUAGGGAUUGUUGGAAGAACUGGAGCAGGGAAGUCUUCCCUUAUCGCUGCUUUAUUUAGACUCGCCCCUAUCGAAGGCCAAAUCCUGAUCGACGACUUAGAUACUAAAACUAUCGGUCUUUCUGAUCUGAGAAGGAGAAUUUCAAUAAUUCCCCAGGAGCCUGUUUUAUUCAGUGCAACAUUAAGAUAUAAUUUGGACCCGUUUGAUGAGUUUGAAGAUGCCAGGUUAUGGGAGGUACUGGAAGAGGUACAGACGAACCAAAGGAUACAAAGAAAUUUUACUAAUAAAUAUCACUUUUUUCAGGUAGAACUAAAAGAUCUUGUUACUACUUUGGACUUUCAAGUGUUAGAAGGUGGAAGCAACUUGAGUUUAGGUCAAAGGCAGCUCCUCUGCUUGGCCAGGGCCCUUUUAAGAAAUAAUAAAAUUCUGGUCUUGGACGAAGCAACUGCCAACGUGGACGCCAGAACUGAUAGUCUUAUUCAAACAACAAUCCGAAGAAAAUUCAAAAAAUGUACCGUACUCACUAUUGCCCACCGUCUAAAUACUAUUAUGGACUCGGAUAAGGUGAUUGUAAUGGGUGCUGGACAGAUAUUGGAACAUGACCACCCAUAUAGUCUGCUGGAGAAUCCGGAUGGACAUUUUACCAGUAUGGUCCAAGAAACUGGACCAACCAUGACGGAACAGUUGAAGGAAGUCGCCUUUGCUGCAUGGAAGAUGAAAAAGGAAAUUGAAGAUAGCUAUGAUAGGCAUUUCGAUGAAGAAGUUUCUAAGUUAUAGGUCAAUUUAAUUUUCUUAUUAGAUUUUAAGGUAUUUAAUCAAAUUUAUUUUAAAAAGAGCCUUUAUAUGUUAAAGUUUUUAACUAGAUCAAUAAUAAAUAAAUAUUUAGACAAUUAA